AUGGUGGAGGCAGCUUUGGACCAAAACAAUCCUGUCUGCACCUCGCCGUCGGCCCCCGGCUCCACUCCAGAGUCUGCUGCUGCUGGACUGCCCCAAACUCUGCAGCAGGAGUUUUCUCUCGUCAAUCUGCAAAUCAGAAAUGUGAACGUCGAGAUGGAUGCGGUGAACUGCAGCUGUGUGGUCUCUGCUCACUUCGGGAUUCACCAGGUUCAGCUCGUGGUCCAGUUUCCGGCUCAGUAUCCGAACAACGCAGCCCCAACCUUUAAAUUCGUCCAACCCACAAACAUUCCCUCCUCCAUGAAGACCAAGAUACACAAGACUCUCACAGACACAUCUCUGCAGAAGGUGAAGAGGAACCAGAACUGUCUAGAGCCUUGUAUACGGCAGCUGGUCUCCUGCCUCGAGUCCGAUAUGGAGGACGGCACGCCUCCGUUUGUCCCUUCAUCUCUACAGGUUUUUCCUCGAGUCACAAACACGUACGGCUCUUAUCAGGAUGCUAACAUCCCGUUCCCGCGCACAUCUGGCGCUCGUUUCUGUGGCACUGGCUGUUUCGUGUAUUUCACUCGACCAAUCACAAUGCACCGCUCCGUCCCGGCCACAGAACCCACUCCCAGUGAGUGA